UCCAGAUAACCUCAUGAAGGUUUUUUCAGGAAUAAACCUCUACCCAUUAUUAGCCUGACGUGGGCAGGUCAGGUUUUAAUUGGCACUGGAAGGAAAGGUGAAUCAUCAGUGCAUGGCACUUACACAGAGUAAACAUGCUCACUUUUUGGAAAGGUACUAUAAAAUCACACCAUUUAAAGACAGGGAUGCUAAGGGCUCAGCAGAUUCGUACACAAGCAGACCCUCAGACUCUGAUGUCUCUUUGGAAGAAGAUAGGGAAGCAAUCCGCCAAGAAAGAGAGCAACAAGCAGCUAUACAACUUGAAAGGGCAAAGUCCAAACCAGUAGCAUUUGCUGUUAAGACUAAUGUGAGUUACUGUGGAGCUCUGGAUGAAGAUGUUCCUGUCCCAAGCACUGCCAUCUCUUUUGAUGCCAAGGACUUCCUACACAUUAAAGAGAAAUACAACAAUGACUGGUGGAUAGGAAGGCUGGUGAAGGAGGGCUGCGAGAUCGGCUUCAUCCCAAGCCCGCUUCGACUGGAGAACAUCCGCAUUCAACAGGAGCAGAAGAGAGGACGUUUCCAUGGAGGGAAAUCAAGUGGAAAUUCUUCUUCAAGCCUCGGAGAGAUGGUUUCGGGCACAUUUCGAGCCACUCCCACCUCCACGGCAAAACAGAAACAAAAAGUGACAGAACAUGUUCCUCCCUAUGAUGUGGUUCCAUCAAUGAGGCCUGUUGUCUUGGUGGGGCCAUCACUGAAAGGCUACGAGGUGACAGACAUGAUGCAGAAAGCUCUCUUUGACUUCCUGAAGCACAGGUUUGAUGGGAGGAUAUCAAUAACUAGAGUGACAGCUGACAUUUCUCUUGCUAAGAGGUCUGUUCUCAAUAAUCCCAGCAAGAGGGCAAUAAUUGAGCGGUCAAAUACAAGAUCCAGUUUAGCUGAGGUACAGAGUGAAAUCGAAAGAAUCUUUGAGCUGGCAAGGUCCUUGCAGCUGGUUGUCCUGGAUGCAGACACUAUCAAUCACCCUGCACAACUGAUCAAGACAUCUUUAGCACCCAUUAUUGUCCAUGUUAAAGUGUCUUCUCCAAAGGUUUUGCAGCGACUGAUUAAAUCCAGAGGAAAGUCACAAAGUAAACACUUGAAUGUUCAGUUGGUGGCAGCUGAUAAACUUGCACAGUGCCCACCAGAAAUGUUUGAUGUAAUUUUGGAUGAAAAUCAGCUGGAAGAUGCUUGUGAACACUUGGCAGAGUACCUUGAGGCAUACUGGCGUGCUACCCACACCACCAGUAGCACCCCCAUGACUCCUCUCCUCGGGAGAAAUUUAGGAUCCACUGCACUUUCACCAUAUCCUGCUGCAAUCUCUGGAUUACAGAGCCAGCGUGUGAGGCACAGCAGCCACUCUGCAGAGAACUCUCCCAUCGAGCGACGAAGUCUAAUGACCUCAGAUGAAAAUUACCACAACGAAAGGGCUCGGAAGAGCAGGAACCGCUUGUCUUCCAGUUCCCAACACAGCCGAGAUCACUAUGCUCUCGUGGAAGAAGAAUACUCUGACUCAUACCAGGACACUUACAAGCCCCACAGGAACAGAGGGUCCCCUGGAGGAUACGGCCACGAGUCACGACACAGGCUUUGAGUUCAAGAACCUGGGGAAAACCAAGUGUUCAUCCAGUUGAUAACUCGCCAUAUAACGUAGCUAGGAAAAAAAAAAAACAAAAAGAAAAGAAAUAGAAAUCAUCUUAAUUUGGCAGGUGUGACGUGGUUCUCCUGACGUUGCACUCUGCUGGCAUUUGGUGUUAAGUAGGGGGCAAAAAAAAAAAAAAAGUUGCCAUGCCCUUCCAUUUCUGCCCAAUCAUAGAGGUUGUUUUUUGGGUUUAUUUCCUUACUUAUUUUCAGUGCAGCGUUUGCAUUUCUAGCCAUACUUUUUUCUUGUCGUUAGGUAUUAGACACAUCUGUUUGUAAUUUAGGAUUCUUAUCAAGGCACCUAUAAAAUGAUUUCCUCUGCUGGAAAUUCCAAAUGACCAGUUCCAGUUGGAACCAAUAUAUAAACCAAUUCCUGUUGGAAUUUGGGUGAAUUGACUGGGAAGUCGACUUGAGCAUGUUGCAAUCAAUUGAAAACAAACAAAAACAACUGAAAAAUCUGAAAAUUACACACCAGUAGAAGCCAGAAAGUUAGCUACAGUGUUUGUUUGCUGGAAGCUCAAUUUACAUUUGAAGUUAGAAUAAAGGGAUUUGUUCUAACUAUUUACAUAUUUCCAGAACAGCUUAUUCAGACCAACCAAAUGUAAACUAUUGGGAGUGCCAAAUAUCACAAAUUAUUGCAGCAGUUACAGAAUACUUUCCAGUUUGAAAUUCUUUUUAGAGCUGGCAUGAAUGUUGCAGCAAAAGGGUUUCUCUAGUUCAGCCAGUACUGACAUUUUUGUUGUGGUCAGCAGUGAUGGACUGUGACAGGAUAAGGGGAAAUAGAAACUGGAAAGUGAACAAACUGCAGAGUGGUUUGUCUGGUUACCAGUUGAGAAUAGUCUGGGUUGUUUUUCCCUCUUGUUUAACCUGAACGCAGCUGGUUGUCCCAAAGUGGAACUUAAGUGUAGAGAUGCAUCAUGUUGUUUCUGCCAUUUUCAGUAUUCUGCCUUUUUCAGUGGAAAAAAACAAUCCACUCUUCUUACCCAGUCUGUAGAGUACCUCUAAUUCCAGUACCUCUGGGUACCCACCUACAUGUCACAUCUUUCAAAAUCCAUCUUGGAACGUCUGAAAAUUCCAGCAUCGCACAAGAACUCUCCAGAGGACCAGUUUAAAUUUCAGGCAUGAAACCCAAGGGAAGGGAGUGGGGUUAAAUAUUCAUUAGUGAUGAACCUUUCAAGUAAAAUAUUGCUCAGCAUUAGCUUGCAAUAAAAGUGGAGCAUCAGGAAAAAGUCUGCUCACAGUAAAGUCGUAGAGCUGACAUUUUUGAUUCAAGUACCAUGAUAGACAUUUGGAGAUAUUGCUGCCUUACUUUGAACAGUCACUUAUUUUCACCUACAGAGUCUUCAGUUUCUUUGAAUAGGUUAAUUGAUGUGAUUAGACCUUCUGUCUUACUUGAUCAGUGAAGCCUUAGAUCCAAUGUGGUUGAAAAAUGUGCCAUGAUUGACCGUCCUUUUGUACAACCCACUCAUGUCUUUCAGCAGAGACUCCUGGGAUUCCCCACUGCCUGCAGUUUCUGAACUGGACAGAACUAACCUGAAUGUGCAUGUUUUUAAUGCAGGUUCAUGUCAAAACUGGAUUUUUUUUUAUUUUUUUUUUUCCAAAAAUGAGAAUCAUUAAUUUUGUAUUUACUUACUUCCCAAAGCCUGCUAAAAGUAGGCUUUAAAAGCAUGUAGCACUAAAUUCACGGCCUGAAUAUUACAGUUUCUUCUACUUUCUGGACCAGUUAGUGAAGAUCACUGGUACUUCCCACCCCUGUUGAGUCUGGUUUAUCUUCUUGAUGUUAACAACGAGAGCAAGAAUCCCUCUGCUUUCUGGUCCAGCCAAAAAUGAUGUGCAUCUCCAGCAGCAUUCAAAAAUGGUGGGAUUAUGUUUUUUUAACAACUUCCCUGCCUCAGAGGCAUCCUCCAGCUGGGUGAUCCACAGGGGCCAGUUACCAAGAAAGUAAAAAUAUCUGCAUCCAUGGGAGUAACAGAGUUAAGAAUGGAUAGGACAGACCUGAUCCUGCUUGAUUUUCUCAGGCUGAAUGCCUCCAGAUUCCAGACGAGCAUUUAGGCUGGGAAAGCACAGCAAGAGCUGAUCUGGGAAUGGUAGCUCCAGCUGCCUUCUCUACUCUUUCCUGCUAUAGCACAGUGGAGCCUUCUCCAGGAAUUUUUACAAACCUUUGUUACGUGUACAGCACACAUACCUGCAUGAGAAAGGAGGCAUUAGGCAACACAUUUUUUUUCUAUAAGCUUUAAUAAGUUUCUUGUUUGUGUGCAUUAAAGUAUUAAUUGCAAAGGAUGCACUGAGAUGUAUAAACCUAGAUUAGACAGCUGUUUAUCUUUAUUCUGUAGUAGCAUUAGGGGUCAGAUCAUUUAACUGCUUGAGGAUAUCUGCAUUUUACUGGUAGGUGGCUGCAAAGCCCCUACAUAUAUUUUCUAGUAAACGAGGUUACUGCUUUAUCAUUUCCUAGACAAAAAUGUCAUUUAUUUCUGGAGCCUUUUGGAGCCUUGUUUUGAAGUCUUCCAUGUCAUGCUAGUAAAGGGAAAGAUCUCCACAACACGUAUGCACAAAUUCCAUCACCUGCAGCAUCUGAAGUGCCAAAACUACUUUCUUUGUUCUACUGAAAACAAGCUCGUGAGGGAAGUCGUGUAUUGUCUUGAGCAAACACAUUGAGUUCUUUAUGAUGUGGGUUUAAGUUUACUUUACUCUCGUGUGUGUUUACCCUCUCCUGUCCCACUACCCAUUCCAUUUUAAUGUAAGAAACCAGUUAUAAGUGAUCCAGCAGGUCUCCUUUCCUGCUGUUUUUUUUAAUUCUUGGAAGAUAGAUAUAUCUUUUAAGUACAAAUAUACUGAACAUGCUAAUAGAUGAUUAGUUUAUUCUAGACACAAGCUAUGGGAGCUCUUUAUUUUAUAAAUUAAAUUAUUUUUAGGAAACAUGGUAAUCAGUAAAAGCUGCAGUGUUGAUCAGGGCGUGUGAACUCCUAGUACUUGUGUUAGAAGCUCAGCAAUGCUAGCCAGCUGUAGUGUGAUUUUAUUAUGCAAUGGCACCAUAGAAAAUUGUGAAGUUCCUGUAUUCCUGAAUGAAGAGAAGUAAGACUAAUUUUCCAGUCCUCAUACUUCUUCUUCUUGUUAUUAAACUAUUAUUAAAGAUCAGGGUUCUGUUCCUAAGCUCUGGCUUAUACAGAGGAUUUUAGAAAUGUUUGUAAAACAUUGAAUUUAUUUUUUUUUUAAGUUUUGUUGUUGUUACCUGAGUUUUUCAUUAGGACACGUUUGGAUUCAAGACAAUUUAGCCAAUAAAGGUGAUGAUAACAAUCUCAGAAUCUAAAGACAAUAUAUGUCAGUGCUGUGAAUGAAUUAACAAAGUAUCUAAAAAAUCUGGAAGCCACUUUAAAGACAAUGAAUUGUCAAGCUUGAAAUUUCACAUCCUUGGGCAAGUUGUUUUUAACAGAUACACAGAUUCUGUUAGUGGCUCCAUAGAUGCACAUUGAUCCCAUGGGAUGUGCAGCUUCACAGCUGAUUAUGCUUUUCUGACUGAGUCUAUUAGGGAAUUAGGUUUAAGGGAGUGCAGCUGAAGCUGUUCUAUAUCAAACUGUGAACAGUGGGCCAAGUCAGAUGUUCAUUUUCUAGAUAGGUGGAUCUGUCAAGAGUCAGUUCCUCUGCUGGAGACUGGAUAGUGUGAUAGAGCCCGACCCCUCAUCUGAUCCUGACACCAAGUGGCACCCCUGGUUUUGUCCUGGGUAGGAGGCAAGUUUCUGCAGCCAGGGCUGUUGCCUCCUGCUCAUGGUGCUGUUCCUCAGCUGCUGGGCACUCAGCCUGCCCCAGGUUCCACACCUCCUGGACGCCAGCGAUGGCUGAAGGCAGCGUGCUGGGGCAGAGGGGCCGGGCACAUGCCCACAGGGGGAUGCUGCCCACAGAAGAGCCUCUCACUGAGUUUUUCUCCAGGUUUGGAAGCUGCUCCUGAAGUUGGUGUUUGGGGGUUUAAUCUUUUGUGCUCCUUGCUUUUAGGGUAGGAGAGGGCAGGUGACAGAAAGCAGGAGAGGUGGCUGUGGGAACAGCAGGGCCAGGGCGUCUCCUCUGGAUGCGGCUCCAGUUGGGUUUGACUGCACAUCUUCUGAGUUCAGUUGGGUCCCCAUGGCAUGGACUUCUCUGAAGCGUCCCAGAAUCUUCUAUCUUUACUGACAUGAGCAUUCCCAAAGGCCUAUUGCUAAUACCUUUACUUGGCAGCAUACUGAUUGGAGCAGGGCAGGGCUUUCGUGAGUCAUUUCUCCCUUAAGAAUGAACUGAGUCAUGUCCCUCUGCUGAAUUUUGUUCUGCAAGUUCAGUGCUUCUGAAGCCUGGCCUUGGUUCCAUGGUUUUCUUCUUGUUGUUUUAAGCAAAAAUAAUUGGAGACCACAAAUUGAAAGAAUCAGGUGCAUACUUUGUAAACUACCUUUUAUACAAACCUGGUUUUGCUCCUAAAAACGUGUCUUUCAAAGCCAGGUUAUAUUACCCAGGUUGGUAUUGAUCCAAGUUGGACACCUGGGGUUCUGCUGCCAUGGAUUUUGUUGCAGUUCCCUCUCAUUCCCUCAAGCAGUGCUCCCACAAAGAGUAACCAGAGUGUAAGAUGCUGUCAUGUAGCCAGUGUUAACUCUGGGGAAAUUAAGUUCCCACUAUCUUUAAAAUUAUGCCAAAAGAGACUGUAUUAUUUGAAGAGUCAUCACUUGAAUAACCUCUGAUAAAUAAGUAUUCAAGUCCAAUUUAUGUUAUAUAUUAAAAAAAAGAAAAAGUCUUGAAAAAUACAAGGAUAUUUUAAUAAUGUUGUAAAAUACAUGCAGGGAAUUAACCUGGAGAAAGAGCUGAAAGUGCUGCUUAGUACUGAAAUGAAGAUCUCUUUCAUUGCUUGUGGAAUCCACUUAAGGAGCCAAGAGAAGUAUUGUAAUUUAAUCCACACUGGGAGAAGGUAGAAAUAAUUUUUCAGUGUUAAUGAGGGUGUGUAAUCCCUUUAUUCCUUUGAAAAUGGUGAAGCUGGGGAGUAGCAUUGGCUUGUGCUUGGUGACCUUUGGUAGACUUGCCUUUCCCCCUGAAGUUUCCUGGCACUGAGUCACCAUCUGGAUUAGAUCCUACAGACACCUCCUCCUGGGCACAGUGUCGGUGCUGUCUUCUCCAAGAGUCACUCAGUGCAAGGUCUGGCCAUCAGUGUCACCCACUGAUCCCCGGGUGCCGUGUCAGUAUUUCCUGAGAGACACAAAUGCAGUUACACUGAACGCCCUGUGGUUUUCAUUCUACUCUCUGUAAGCAGUAGAAAAAAAAAACAAAAUCCAUAUAGUGAGAAAACACAUUGUACAGGACAAAACACUAUAUGCUGGCAACGGUGUAAAAACAGCAAGGAAAAAGAAGCACAUUUGUAAUAGCACAAAGUUAUAAUUCCACUCUUGCAUUUGGCAUUGUAUUUUUGAAACAAAACAAAACAAAAAAGGGGGGGGGGGCUUGUGUAGGUAUUUUGAUCCAGCAUCAGUGGAUUUAUUGCAUUUGUGAUCAGUUUAACCUGCUGCCUGCUCCUUCAGCAGCUCAUUUCUAAGCCUGGCAUUUUGCAUAUGUGAUUGAUUCCUGAAUAAUUUGCAUUCCUUCCGUACUAACUGAUGGGGGGGGGGGAGGGGGGAAAGAACCUUUUAAAAUUAGAAAUUCCACUGCGUUCCUUUCUGCUGAUUUCCUCCUCAAAACUGAAAUGACAUGAAUAACCUUGUAUUGGGGCCACUGUGUAGAUUUUGGCAGGUGACUGAUGAUUAUCCCACAAACACACCCAGGAGCCCGAGGUCAGGAAUGAGAUUCUCCUGGUAAGGAAGUUCCUGGGGCUACUGAGCUACUUGCUUUUGGGUAUGGGGAAGAGAAGGAUGUCACACCCUAGGAGCUGUGGAUGAGCCCACCCAGAAGUUCCACCGGUGUUGCUGAGAGUUUAAAAUGUAAAGGCAAGUCAGCAGAAGGAAUGGCUGCUGAGGCUGGGGGGCGGUGGCACUGGCAACACCCCUGGUCCUCUGCUCGUGGAGAGAGGGAGUCGGGGAGGCUGGGCAGGAGCAGCUCAGGGAGAGAGUGGAGCACAAGGUGGUCUGUGAGCAUGAGGCACGGGGGUGAAGGGAGGAGGUGAGAACAGUCAUCCCAGCUGCAAACAGUGGACCUUGGGCUUCUCAGAUCCCUGGAAGUCUUGUUGCUCUCCCCAGCUGGUUCCCAGUGAUGGCUCAGCAGUGGCACCUCACUGGGAGCCAGUUCAGAGUCACGCUGGGAAGGGCAUUCCUGCCUUUACUAAAAAAAAAAAACACAACAACAAAACACCACGAAUUUGUGUUUUCUUUUCUGCUGAUUUGCCCCUUUCUGUUUUUACUUCUAUAGAUACUGUAUGUGUAGCACUCUACAAGGCAUGCUGGGUAAAAUAUACUAUGCAAAUGUGUACAGUGUUGCAUGCUUUGCUCUCCCUCUGCUUUUAGUGGCUUUCUAAGAAGAGGAAGAAGAAGAAAAAAAAAAAAAGUGUUGUUAUUUUUG